GUAGAGGUGGCGAUGGAUGCAGAGGCGAGGGAAGAACCCAGCUUCCUUUUUUAAGAAUCAGUGUGAGCAAGGGAGCAGAGCCACGUUAUUUUAGGGAGACUUUGUCGCACUCCCCCUCCCCCGGGUAGGUAGCGUCUGGGAUGUGUGCACCCUGUUCGUAGGCUCCCAUGGAGAGACGCUGGCUGCUGCAGCCGGCAGUAACCCGACCCCGCCGGCGCAGGGACUGAAGAGGCGCCGGGGAGAGCCGCGAGAGGCGAACAAAAGCCCUCGGCCAGGGGGCCGGAGCCCGGACCUGGGGGACUCCAACAAAGGCCGAGGUUCAGCUAUGGUGGACCCGGUGCCAGAAGAGGAGAAAGAGGGAGCGGAGCCCGGUGGCUCAGAAGGGGAUGAGGCCACUGCGUCCGUGCCCCCCGAUGCCCAGGGAGCCCAGCAGCCGGCUGCCUCCUCGGCCUCCGCCUCCGCGGCGGCGCCCCGAAAGGCUGAAGUCCCCUGCGGGGCAGAAGGUGGACGUCGGGAGCAGUCUCCGUUGCUGCACCUCGAUCUCUUCAAUUUCGCCUGCCCCGAGGCAGAGGGCAGCCGCUACGUCCUGACCAGCCCCCGCUCUCUGGAGGCCUGCGCCCGCUGCGCGGUCAAGCCAGUGGAGCUGCUGCCGCGGGCCCUGGCCGACCUGGUGCGCGAGGCCCCGGGCCGCUCCAUGCGCGUGGCCACCGGCCUGUACGAGGCCUACGAGGCGGAGCGCCUGGCCAAACUGCAGCAGUGCCGCGCCGAGCGCGAGCGCAUCAUGCGCGAGGAGAAGCGGCGCCUGUUCACACCGAAGGGCCCGGCGGCAGCCCCGGCCCCGGCCCCGGCCUCGGCGCUGAGCGCGGGCAGCAGCAGCAGCUGCAGCAGCAGCAGCAGCCUCCCGGCCUCGCCCGCCUCGCGAGUUGCUCGUAGGACUUCUCCCAGUCCCCCCGCCAGGAGCCGGCCUCCGCCCGCCGGUUCUCGGACAGGUAGGAAGAGCCACUCGCUGGACUCGCUCUCCCGCCGGAGGGACGGCGCCCUGAGCUCCGAGUCCGGGGCCUCCUCGUCGUCCUACAGCGGGGAGAGCCUUCGGGAGCUUCGCUGGCCACCUCGAGCUUCCGCCAGGAACAGCUGCCCCGCGGGCUCGGCGUCGUCUGCACCCAACCCACUGGACCGCCCUUCGGCCCUGGCUCUGGUUCCGCUCACGGCCCGCAGCUUCAGCCUCGGAGACCUGAGCCACUCGCCGCAGACCGCGCAGCACGUGGAGCGCAUCGUCCGCCAAGUGCGCGCCGAGCGAGGCCUGCGCGGGGUACCCGAGCGCGACCGCAAGAUCGCCGCGCUCAUGCUGGCCCGGCACCAGGAAGAGCGCCUGUUGCUGGAGCAGCGCGCCGCGGCCCACGGCCAGUGGGAGCAGCAGCGCGUGCGCGCCGAGCAGCGGCGGGAGCGCGAGGAGCGGGAGAAGCAGCGCGCGCUGGAGCAGGGCCGGCGGGCCUGGGCGGCGCAGGUGGAGGAGCGGCGCGGUCGCCGGGGCCGGGAGGAGCGCGAGGCCGCGCGGAGGCGGCAGCAGCAGUGCGAGCGCAGCGAGGAGCGGCGGCGGGAGCUGGCGGAGCGCCAGGGUCUGCUGCGGCGGGAGCGGGUGGAACGCGCCGCGCGGGACGACCGGCUGCGCAAGCUGCAGCAGGAGCAGAACCUGAAGCAGAGGGAGGAGGGCCAGCAAGAGGGGCGGGAGCGCGCCGAGCUGGUCCGCCGGGAGCGCGCCCAGCGGGCGGCGCGCGCCCGACAGCGGCAAGAGGGUCAGCUGCAGCGCGAGAAGCGCGAGCUGAGCCGGGCCGAGCGGGCGCGCCACGAGGCGCUGCUUCGAAGCCGACUCCGGCAGCAGCAGGAGGAGCGGGAGGGCCUGCGCAGCUCCCUGGAGGCCAGCUUGGGCCGCGCGCAAGAGAACUACGAGCAGCUGCAGGAGCAGCGUGCCCGGGAGCUGCGGGAGCGCGCGCGGAGAGAGGAACUCCAGGGUCGGCGGGCGAAGGAAGCGGCCGAGCGCAAAGAGCGGGAGCAUCGGGCGCACUUGGAGGCGCUGGCGCGGGCGGGAGAACGACGGCUGCAGCACGCGGCGCAGGUGGCCGAGGAGGCCGUGCAGCAGAAGGCCCGGCGCGUGGUUCAGACCCGCCUGGAGAAGGAGAGGGCCCAGCGUGCCAACAAGGAGAAGGUGGAGAGAGACGAAGACUGCCGCCGCCGCGAGCUGCUGCAGGCCAUUGGGCGCAAGUUGGAGCGCAGCGAGCAGCUCUCUCGAGAACGGCGAAGCGCGCUGGAGAGCGCUCGCUCCACGGCCCGGGCCUCCUUCCAUGUGCGGGAGAAGGUGCGGGAGGAGACCAACACGCGCUCUUUCGACCGCAUGGUUCGAGAGGCCCAGCUCCAUGCCAGCCUGGACCGCAAAUGACAGCCGCCCUGGACAGACUGCUGGAUAUAGCCGGGUGUGGCCUCUCUUAAUCACUUUGACCCAACUCCAGGCUUCUCCAGUCCAGCUGCCAUACCAUGAACUCUCCAGACAAAUGAACCACUAAUGAGUCACUGAGAAGCCAGACAUGGUAUCUUUCCAUCAGUCACCACCGUUUUACAGACUUACUCGGUUUGAAAAUGACAUGGCACAAUCUACCCACAUCCACUGGUGUCUUUGGGUUGGAAUAGAAAGUAGCUGGAGAGGAGGAGGGUCCCUGUAGGGAGAGCACAAAGGCCGACGUGGGGCUCUCUGCCACAGCUGCCUUGGGCAUCUUUCGAGCAUUUGUGUCCAAAACGAUUUAAGUAGCAGCAGCGGAGGGAAUCUCUCCCAGACUUACCUCUAUCUUUGAAAAAUACAAGUUGCGCAGGACUUGAAAGUUUCCCAGGAAAGCACAGCUCUUCUAAGAUGUUAGCUCAUGCACAAGCGACUACAGAAGCUAUCGUUAGACUGUGAACUGGACACGUGAACAAAUGAUCCUAUUCCCCAAAUAUCUUCAGUUGAGUCCCUUGGCUUUCUAGUUAGACAAUCAUCUACAAAUAAUAAUCCUCUAUUCUCCCAAGUGGUGUAGGGAAGGGGUUGGAUCGGUGAUGCUGUUCAGCUUGAAUGGAAGCCCUCCAUUCUCCAGAUCCCUGGAGGUGAUGGUUUCCUUAGGCAGCAGUGUUCCACCCCAUGAGGCUUCCAUGGAAGGUGAUGUACUUCAGUGUAGGCAGUGUCUGAGGCCCACCUCCCUGUGUGGGACCAGCUCCUGUAGACAGAAGCCAUUGCCUUACGAAGCAGAGCUACCUUCUGUGCCUGCCCAGGCCACUCUUGCCUAAAGCUCCAGCCUUGAACGCAGUCUGGAGGGUGAGCCCUGGAGGGUGUAGGAUUCCCUCUGUGACUUAGUUCACUGCUCUGAAGACAGUUUAGGAUCCUUGGCUGCUUGCCUGUGGUGGCCGAAGGGCUAGAAUUGCCUCUGUGUGGAGCUGUGCCAUUGUUGGUAGGGGUAUCACUCUUCCCUGGGGGGGGGGGGGACGACUGGGAAAAGGAGUCUUCCCUCUUUAAAGUCCUGAUACCCUCUCACUUAUCCCUGAAGUAUUCAAUCAGUUUCUUGGUGCCUCACCUUUCCCAUCUGCUAGAUGGGGCCAUCAAAACUCUUCUGGUACCUCAAGGUCUCUUGGAUCCAAAGCAUCACUUCAGUGUUAUUUGUUGGUCUCCUUUGUGCCUUUCUUGACCUGGAGUUGGGAGGCAGGAGGACUGCUGUUAGCCUAGUUUGUUUCUGGUGAUAUGGAUUGCUGGUAUUAGACAGGGCAGUGCGUCACAGACAGAUAGAUGGUCAUUUAGCAUCCAAGGUGUGUGUGAGGUGGAGAGGGGUACUUGCAAUACCAAGCUGCUCCCUGGUCAGAAGGUUCAGUUAUCACUCAGCAAUUUUAACUGGUAGAGUGCUCCUUCCUCCACUCAGAUCCAUCCUCAGCUAUGUCUUCACCAGGGAAGGUGGGAAUUCAACCGUCUGCUUUUACAUUACAUCAAGGUCAGGAAGUAAAAGAACUUACCAAAAAGAAAGGAAUCAGGGUAGAGAUGUACUGCAUUAGAUGUGUUCUUGUGUCUUUUCUGCUGGUGGGAUCAUGUGGAACCAGGAAAGGAGCUAUGUACCAAGGCUUGUUUCUUGAGUGGGUGGGUUCUCCCUUAAUGUCCUUGUCAGUGAGCUGUGAUAACUGGUGUUGUCUCCGAGAUAGGAGCAUUUAACUAAAAAAGUUAACGUGAUUAUGGUCCUUUGAUCUUGUGGUCCCUGGGUUGCUUCUGAAACCUUCACGGAAAGUUCUACCCUUUAAAGUCCUUACUUCAAAGCAUGAGCAUUUGUUUGAGGAGACAAUCGGGCGUUCUGAACCUAGCACUGAAAGCACACAGGUGAUCUCAUCCGGCCUCUUACCCAGGUUGCUCCCCACCUUACUGAGUGACUUCAGGUGGAUCACCUUUCUUAGUUCCCACAGAACUGAGAUCAUGGUUCCGGAGCUCUAAUUUGUGCAAACUGAGAUGAUGGUGACAUUUCCUGUUUCUAUUACCCUGGAACUGCGGGUGCAGUUGCUGUACACAGAGUUGCAUGGCUCCUGCGCCGUACUGUACAGUGUAAUGUACCAUCAUGAUUUGGUGCAGAAGGAACAGUUUUGAGAAGCUCAUUCAGAUCCAGAGUCACGUGUGACGUAAAGGCCCAGGCCUGAAUGUUGACAAAUUAGACACUGAGAGAACCACUAUAUAAAGGUACAGUUUAUAGAUUUUUACCAAAAAGUCCAUAUAGCCAAGUAUUAUUAAAACAAAAACAGAAUUCAGACCUAGUCACAGUAAGAAAUGGUACCUUCAAGUUCCAGACCAUCUAAUAGGAUAUUCUACUGAAGGUGGACACAGUGGCUCACAUCUCUAGUCCUAACCCUGAAGAUGCUGAAGGAGAUGGAUAAUUAUAUUGAGUCAGCCCAUACCAGAUAGCAAGAGACUGUCAAAACAAAACAAACAAACAAGCAAAAAGCAAGGAGAAUCACCUGCAUAUUCUAAAGAAAUGUUCGUGUUUCUCUCUAAAGAUAAUGAAUGUCCAAAGUCUCUUUUGGGCCCCUAAUUUAAAUUUCCACAGAGGAGAAGUUUUAUUUUACUGUGACAUGCAGCAAGAGGACAUCGGGGCAGAGCAGAGAUGAUGGAUGGAGAAUUGCCUCCAAACAGCAUUCUAGCAGGUGUUCAGGACUGAGCAUGCUGGGAAUUUCUUGCCGCCUAGGAGACCCCAACCUCGAAGUGGCCACAGCCUCACUCUUUUGGAACAUUUGCUACGUCAAGAAAGAGAGAAUGUGAAGUAAUAUGAGGGGAUGGGAAGGGUUGGGAAAGCUUUAAUUCAGUUGAAUUCCAAGAAAACAAGCCAAAACCAUUUCAGAAGAAACUAUUGAUGAAGCUAGUCCAACGUCCUGCUGUGGCAGGGACCAGAGUCUACACCCAUCUGGACAGAUAAUGGAAAUUUCCUUUUGGAAGCACGCAGGCUGGGUUUCAGUGGAAUGGUAACAAGGAUUUGCCAAGGGCAAAAGGUCUGCAGGGUAGUGAAGACAGAAAUGUCUUGGUCUAUUUUAUGUUGCUCUAACAUAAUACCCAAGGCUAAGUUAAAAAUAAAAGAGAUUUGUUGCUGACA